AUGGAGUCUAUUCCAUAUGUGUCAGUGGUUGGGAGCUUAAUGUAUGUUCAGACAUGUACUCGACCGGAUAUUAGUUUCGUCGUAGGAAUGUUAGGGGGAUAUCAAAGUAACCCUAGGAUGGACCAUUGGAAAGCUACAAAGAAAGUACUUAGGUAUUUACAAGGCACUAAAGAUCAUAUACUCACUUAUAGAAACUCCAACCAUCUAGAAAUGGUGGGAUACUCAGAUUCAGACUACGCCGGUUGUGUAGAUUCGAGAAAAUCUACAUUUGGCUACUUGUUUCUCUUAGCUGGAGGAGUAGUAUCAUGGAAAAGUAGAAAGCAAUCUGUCAUUGCUACUUCCACAAUGGAGGUUUAA